AAGGUUAAAGUGAAGGUUAAGAUGGACGAUGUUGACUGAAAAUGCUCCAUGACCACCAAUCCUGGCUGGUCUUUUUGGGGAAGGGAGGGAGGUAGCCAGUGGGGUCCCAGAAAAGAGGGGCAAGCUGUUUGUUCAGGGGUCCUGACCCAUGGCUGCAUCCUUCUUUUUGUUUUUCUCACCCUGGCAGUGCCAAGCAGCAUGGGCAUGGAAGUGAUGGUCCCUGCCACCAUUUAUGCCCUGAAUGGCUCCUCCGUUCAACUGUCCUGCACUUUCAGUUCCUGCUACCAGGUGGAGAAGAAGCAGUUCUCCCUCAACUGGACCUACCAGGGCUGCAGAAACUGCACUGAAGAAAAGUUCUUCCAGUUUAACCAGAAGAUUUUUCCUGUUGAGAACAAUCGCUUUGGGAGUCGCAUUGAAUUCACUGGGAAUCCCACCAAGAACGACGUGUCCUUCACCCUCCAUGACGUGCAGCUGGAGGACGAAGGGACCUAUCACUGCUACGUGACAAACCCCCCUGACCGCCACAAGGGGCAUGGCAGGAUCAGCCUGAAAGUCAUCACAGAAGAGCCCCCGGAGCGAGACUCCACAGUGGCGGUGAUCGUGGGUGCCACCGUGGGCGGCUUCCUGGCUGUGGUGAUCCUGGUGCUCGUCAUCGUGAAGUGUGUGCGACGGAAGAAGCAGCAGCGCCUCAACACCGAUGACCAGAAGACAGAGGAAGAAGGCAAGACGGACGGGGAAGGCAACCCGGAAGAUGGCACCAAGUAGGGAGGGAACUCCCCCCACAUCAUCCCACCCACGGGCUUUAUGUACAGCGAGGAGGGCCCUGGUCCACUGGGUCAGGGUCUUCUCAAUCCCCGCCCUCUCUCCUCCCCACCCGACCCCCUCCCAUCGUGCCAUCUAGCUGGGCUGAAGGAAGUGCUGCAGCAGAGAAGCCUGGGGGGACUCAGGGAAACCAGCUCUGGGCUGUGGCCGCCUCUCUCUCUCUCUCCCCCCGGCCUCUUGAGGCAAGAGGGCAGGGGAAUAUAGGGUGACAAGGGGGGGAGGGAGGGAGGGGAGGAGAUGCACCCUGGAGCCCUGGAAAGGCAGCUUCUGCCUGCUGAUGAGGACUGGGGGCAAUCGAUCCUUUUUUUUUGGGUGCAGAGACUUGCCUUUAUGAUCAGGGCCCCUCUCUGGGAGCUGUUCUCUCCCCCGACCCCCGACCCCCACUCCAGGUCCCACCAAGGGCCCAUUAGGGGCUCCUCCCUGGCCCCUGGAGCCAGAUCCUGCACAGGAAGCUCAACAACCCAAAGAAGUGGGGGAUGUUUGGGAUGGGUAGGUAACUCUGCUGUGCGGGGAGGGUGCUGAGAGGGAAGCAUCUGUGUCAUGGAAAUGGAGCUUCCAUAGGUGAACCUGGGGGGGGGCUCCUUGUCCCACACAGAAACUGCCAGUUCAUGUCUUCCUCCUCCAAAAGCCAAGCACAACCCACAACUGCCAUGGUAACUCACUGCCAGAGGUGGGGAUGCAGCCAAGGGCCACAUCCUGCACCCUCAAGGGCCGGCCGGCCUCAUGCCAGGCUCUUGGAAACUCAUGCUUGGAAUUCUGGGAAGGGUUUCUGUGUUUCCCUGGCCCCCUCCUCACACCCACAACGUGACUCACUGAUGGUCCCCAGGCCCUGCAGAGUUUUUUGGGGGGGAGGUUAUGCUGCUGCUGCUGCUGCUGCUGGGUCCUCUCUUUUUUGCCAUGGGGAAGGCUACAUGCUUGUUUUCCAAGUUCCAGUGGCCAGAUAUGUUUCCUGGUGUUCUGGCUCACCGGGCACCUGACUCUUGGUGCCGGGCCCCUGCUGGCAGGAAGGCCGGAUGUUCCUGGGACCUGGCUCCUCUUACCCACCUCAAAAUUUCUCUGUAGAUCACACUUACCUGCUGGAUCCGUUGGCCACUUGCCUGCUGCUGAGAAGGUGCUCCCAGGCUGUGGAGUGUGUGUGUGUCUGAGUGGCAGAGCUGGACCAGCCCCUCUUGGCGCUCAGUGAAUGCUGGGCUCAGAAGCAGGUCCUGGCCAUCUCUGCUGCUUUCUCUACCCACAGCUGGUCUUGGAGAAUGACAGCCACUGGUUAAAUUUCAGCCUUGCUAGAGAAAUCCUUCCUUCCUUCCUCCCCCCUCUUUUCCUUCCUUCCUUCCUUCCUUCCUUCCUUCCUUCCUUCCUUCCU